GGCAUCACGAACUCCAGUCCGGCGAACUGGAGUCCGAUUGGUUUUGCGAACUACAGUCCUACAAAAUACGUACAUGUGUCCGGGACUGUAGUUCGAUUUUGAUUAGGACUCCAGUUCCACUAAAAUCGAAUUGCAGCCCGGGACUUCAGUUCGCAUUUUCUCGGACUGUAGUUCGCUGCAUUUUUUUUCUUCUUUCUCUGUAUCUCUUCUUGUGUCAGCACACAAACAUAUGUUUGAUUUUUUUUUUGUUUGUGUGGUCACUUGUGCCGAAACACACAGUGCCGGACGACAUAGCACUUUGUUUUUGUGCGUCGAUUUGUUCUAUGCAAAUGUACGUAAACAUUUCUUGUCUCUCUCGCUCUCUUUCUCUCUACUUUCUCUUCCUCUUCUUCGUUUGCUUUGCAUCUUAGUGGCUGAGAUAAGAGAGAUGCUCACAAUUAGAACACAUUACACUCACGCGUUGCGUCAACACACAAACAUAUAUGUUUAUGUUUUUUUUGUUUGUGUGGUCACUUGCAUUGGAUUGCCGGUUGACAUUUCACUUUCUUUUUGUGCGUCAAUUGGUUGGCUUGUUUUUUUUUGUUGUUUUCGCCCGUUUUAUCCGAAAUUUCGUUUGUUUGUUUGUUUGAUUUUAUUUUUCUCUGACCGUUUUAUUUGAAAUUUCGUUUCUUUUUGUAUUUGUUUUAAAUAUGGAAAUACAUUCAAGUGUUUCUAGUGAAGUGAAUUCUUGGCCGAAAGGCAAAGAUUUUCGUGAUUUAGAUCGACGACGCAUCUCCGAUGCCAAUAUUAAGUGUGAAAUCAUUGUUGGCCAAAAAUUGACGCAUCGCUUCUUGAAGUGUGAAGAUUAUUUGUUCACCAAACAUGACUUCGGCGCUUUUGGAUGCACUUUCCGUUGCAGGAACAGAAGUUGUCCUGCUCGCCUACUUUUAUUGCCCUCCUGUGAAUGCGUUCGUUUGACCGAUGCAAAGGACCAUAAUCACAGUGACAAUUUCGCGGAGGACAUUAUUAAUUGGGCCGCGCUAAAUGCAAUGAAGUCAAAGUGCGCUGACUUGAGAAAUGUUGCCGGUGGUCGCCGUUUGGCGAAAGUGAAAGAUAUUUUCACUGAAGUGAUGGUCGAGAAUCAAAGCGCGAGUCUAGCUCUCGACAAAAUUGAACGCGGCCUUCAGAAAAUCAAGAAAGGCGCAUUGCCAAAGACACCCGAGUCAAUUGAUGAGAUAAAUAGUGCGUUUCAAGAAAGUGCCGUUAUCGAGUCUUAUGGACAGACUCUUCAAUUGGUAGACAUCGAUGGGGAAAAAUUGACCGAGCGGCAUUUAUUUUUCGAUGUUGCCAUCGAAAAUAAAGCCAAAGAAUAUUCGUUUUGUGUCUUUUCGUCCAAAACGACCAUCGAAUUAAUUCAUCGUCACAUUCCUCUGCCUGAACGUCACAUUUUGAUGGACGCGACCUUUCGCAUCGUUCCUUUUGGACCAUUUUCGCAAUUCUUCAUCCUCUACAUACGCAAACAUAAAAAGGUUUUUCCUUUUGUUUACGUUUUAAUGAGCCGUAAAACACAAGCCACGUACGAACAUGUAUUUAGAUACAUUGACGAAAACAUUUUUCAAUUGCGAGGUGUUGCCUCAUACACAUCGGAUUAUGAGGUAGCCAUGCGGAAUGCUCUCCGAGUUUUGGAUCCGUCUGUGAAGCGUUUUGCAUGUUAUUUCCACUAUACACAGGCAGUGAAGCGGCGUGCGUGGCAAACGGCUGGCCUGGUGGAAUUGAUUCGUUCAAAUCCUCGCGCACGGUCAGUUUACCAUCGAAUGCAAUGCUUGCCCCUGCUACCUGCAGAGUUUAUUGUGGAUGCAUUUCGUUCUCUUAGGACGGAAGCCAUGGCCAUUGAUAAAAAUGCUUUUCAAUUGUUUUUCGAAUACUACCAUCGCCAAUGGAUAAUUAAGGAGGGUGCUGAAUGCAUCUCCGUAAAUGGAACAACAAUGCGAACGACGAGUUCAGUCGAAUCCAACAAUAGAGUUAUGAAUGACACCGUUGUGAACAAAGGGAACUUUUUCACAUUCGUUCAUGACAUGCGUUUACAGGAAUUUCAUUCCUCUUUGAAAUUACGUCAACAUUUCGAAAGUGGAGGCAAAUGCAAGCCACCUCGUAAGCAAUACAAGCUUCGUGACGAUGAAAUAGCUCGUGUUUCAACUGAUUUGCGUAAUGGACUUUUGUCUCCUAUGGAGUUUUUGCGUCAGUUGACUUACGAUAAUGACAAUUGGGUCAGAAAUUUCGACACCUUCGAAACGGUCGCUUAUGACGACGAAGUUGAGUUCGAGUUUGACGAAGUUGAGUUCGAGUUUGACGAGGAGAGUGAUCGAGUUUUGGUGCCAUUGGUGUCAGCCUGUCCAUCGACGCUAUCUCAGGAUAGUGGUGUUGUUGAUGAUGCCAUCAUCGACCCAUAUGUUUUCGGUGUUGAUCUUCCAUCGUCGCCUCUUGUUCUUCGUAAGAAGAAUAAGAGAAACAGAGAGGAUGAUAUUGACGAAACCGAGACACGUGUUCGUAAGCGGUUGAAAAAGUCGUGUGUGUCUGAGCCCGUGACGAAAAAAAAAAGCAAUAAGCAACGCAGCAAGAAAAAUAAAAAAUAAUAUUUGUAUUGAUUUGUAUUUAUUUAUCUCUUUUAUGAUGUUAUGUUUCACACGAGCGAUGCUUUUUUUAAAUACAUGAGAAGAAAA